AAAUGGCUCCGUUUAUAUAUUAUCAACCGUUUCCAUCUAAUUCCCAAGCAUUCAUGGACCAGAACUACCGGAAUGUCUGUUGCGUUUUUUCGAUUCUGCCUGCAAUGUCCCGCUAAUUGCUCUCAGCACGAUGGCAACAACCUCUCUCUGCGACGAUCUCCCUCCCUCACUGGAGAAAGAGGAUCUUAACCUGAGCAACUGCUCGCUGGAAAACCUAAUCACGAGCACAUGGGACCGAGCAGACAUAGUGUUGCAGGGUUUGAAAGAGUCCCAAUCCGAGCUUCUCAGCCAUGUGAAGAAACUGAAAGAAGAUUGGCAAGCAGACAUGGAUCGCCAAAUGAAUUCUUGUGAGCAGGAAAUCGAAGGUCUCAGCAACGCACACAAUGCAGAGAUGGAGAGGCUCCAAAUCGAGCUUCUGAGCCGCGCAAAUGCCUUGAAAGAGCAGUUGUGGACGCUGCAACAGAAUUGGCAGCUCGAAGUUGGGGCUCUCGCUGGCCCUCCGUCUCUGUCAGCGAAACCCUAAUUCUCGCUAAUCCUACAACAAACUCAAAACUCUUUUCCUGACAAAGCUGGAAAUAAUUAUUAUUAUUAUUACUACUAGGGAGUGCUUUGGGGUUUUUGUUUUAGGAUUGGAAAAAAAAAUGAAGGGAAACGUUACUUAAUGUAAAGGAAUGCAUUAAUUCUGAUUGUAGUUGUGGGAUUCAAAACUUUACCUCUAAGAUCCCUCAUAUUACUUGGCUAAACUAUCACAUAGUUUCUAUCAUCUCAUAGUUGUUUGUGCACAUCGUGGUCGCACAUCAAUAGAUGUGUUGAGCAGCACAUUGAAGAAGAUUGAUUGGAGUACAAUAUAUAUUACAUUUUCUUGAGUA